AUGGCUCGGUCCGUGGCCGCCGCCCGCGUAGCGCUCUUGCUGCUCGCCGGGGCGCUAGCGAUCGCAUCUGCGCAGGACAAGCCCUGUUGUUUCUAUGGCGGCUGCGGGGGCUGCCUGGAAGGGGUUGGAGACGAGCAUUGGUGCGGCGCGUCCGAGGAUCGGUGCCGGCAGUGCUCGGGGGACUGGUGCCUUGCAGGGGCCGGCGUGGACCCCUUCGCGGAUCAGUCGGUGCCGAAGCCCGUGACAAGCGGGCCCGCGUCAUGCUGCUACUACUCCCCCAGCGGCGACAUGUGCGGCGACUGCCAGAGCAAGGCCACGGGGUCGGAGUGGUGCGCGCAGAGCGAGUCGCAAUGCCGCCAGUGCAGCGGGACAUGGUGUAGCGGAGGGCCCAAGGUGCCGGACGCCCCUGUGCCGUCACCGAAUCCCCCAUCGGCCUCUCCGCAGCCCCCGUCGCCCUCUCCGCUGCCUCCGUCGCCGACCCCUGAUCCCAGGCCACCCGCCAACAACGUGCCGCCCCCGCCUGGCAACCCCUUCGUCGGCAAGCCGAUGUACAUCAACCCCACCUUCAGCGAAAACAUCGCCUCAAGCAUCGCGACCGCGGCGCCGGGCCUGGAGCAGGACAACCUGAAGGUCAUGGCGGGAGUGCCCAGCGCCUACUGGCUGGACACGAUGGCCAAGGUGGUGCCCACGGACGACGCGACCACGCUCACGGCGGCCGGCAUCCUGAAGGACGCGUCGACCCAGUCGCCCGUGCCGCUGGUCACCCUGAUUGUGUACGACCUGCCGAACCGCGACUGCCACGCCAAGCUUCCAAACUGCUCACUGGCCAGCGGCAACAGGGACGACCCCAAGUGCGGAUCCAGGGCCACGGAGACCGCCUACAAGGAGGGCAUCGCCUACGCCAUCAAGACGCUCAACGCAGCGUGCCCAGAGGCGGUGCAGUACCUCGACGGCGCCCACGGCGGCUGGCUGGGCUGGGAGAACAACGCGGCCGCGUUCGCCGAGGACGUCGGGUCCCUGGGAGUCGCCCACCUCCUCCGCGGCUUCAGCCAGAACGUCGCCAACAUCCAGGAGCUCGGGCUGGCGUGCCCGCAGGCGGGCUGGUGCGUGGGCGGCAAGAACCAGGGCGACCCCUGCUGCGCCGACCCCUGCGGCAUCUCCGCCGAGUACAACCCAGGCCACAACGAGCUCAACUACGCGGUGGUCCUGCACGACGCCAUGGUCAAGGCCAUCCCCGGCUUCGACCCCCACAUGAUCAUCGACACUGGGCGCAACGCCAGGAGCCCCCGGACCGACUGCGGGAACUGGUGCAACGCCAGGGACGCUGGCACCGGUGUGCUGCCCACCACCGCCACCGCGAUCCCAGACAUCAUCGAUGCCUACCUGUGGCUCAAGACGCCCGGCGAGAGCGACGGCUGCACGGAGGUCCUUCCCACCGGCGAGUUCUGCCCCCGCUUCGACCUCUUCUGCGGAUCCGUGGACAGCAUUGGGUCGCGUCCCGGUGAGCCACGCGCCCCGGAGGCCGGCGACUGGUUCGACUAUCAGGUCAAGAUGCUGGCGCGCAACGCCAAGUUCCAGUGA